AACAAUAUAAAUAAACUCCUGUGCCUGUUUUUUUUUUUUUUAUGUCACGUGAUCCGGUUUCACUCCUUAAAAAUCCCUCUGACGUCACGUCUGGGAACCUUCCCUGCCAAGCGGAAGUUGUGUGUUUGUGGAGAGUUGAGCUGAGAGGAGGACAGAAACCGAAUCGAACCGGCCCAGCAGGAGAAGAAGAAAACAACUGCCAAUCAAACAAGACCGAGCGCUCCAGGUGCAUUCAGGCUCCGCCUCCUCAGCAGGAUGGAUGGAAGCGCCGCGGCAGGAAAUCUCAGCGCUGCCUCGUCUGGACCACUUCCUGCCCCCGCUGAUGGAGAGACGCUGCUCGGGGUCUCAGAGAAGCCGGAGGAGAACCAGGACCAGGGUUCAAAGAACCAGGACCAGGGUUCAAAGAAGCCAGAGGAGAGCCAGCGCGACAGAGAGUCCAGGUCCCAGAACAACCAGAGUCCAGCAGAAACACCAGUUCUCCCAACAGAAAAACUGAAACCUGAAGGUUCUUCAAAAGAUGAGCCAAAUCCAGAUCAGCCAGAACCAAAAAAUACCAGUACAGUUACACUAGAACGAAGAAAGCCUGCUCCAGAUUCUGGACAGCCAGAACUGACAGAAAAACCUCCUUCUCAAAAAUUGGACCCAACAAAACCAGGCACUCUUUGUUCUGAUCAUAGGAAUAAGGGAGAUCCUGCAGAGUCUGAACAAGAACCAGGUCCUCUUCAGAACCAACAAAACCACAUAGACCAGGAAGUUGAAAAACCUCAUUCUUCUGCGGAUCUAACUGGAGGGGCGAAGGAGUCCAAAACUAUUCAGAACCUCCAUGAUCCAGCUCCUCUCCUCCAACAGACUCCUCCUCCUCCUCCUUCUGCAGACCAACAGUCUCCGCCCCUUAACAUUGUGGAGUACAGUGAACAGGUGUGGCCACGCCCCCCUGUGCCUUCUUCAGGUGAACCCAAACUGUGUGGUUACCUGCUGAAGCAGGCAGGGCCUCUGAGGAACUGGAAGCAGCGCUGGUUCACCUACGAGGAGAAGAAAAACCAGCUGUUUUAUUACCGCACGCCGCAGGAUGUGACGCCGCUGGGCCGGGUCAACCUGAGCGGCGCCACCUUCACCUACCCGCUAAAGGCAGAGAAGGGCACUUUUCACAUUAGGACACCAGAACGCACCUUCAUCCUCAAGGCGGUGACCCAGGAGGUGAUGCUCUAUUGGCUGCAGCAGCUGCAGGUGAAACGCUGGCAGCAUCGACAGACGUCCACCUGUACGGAACAAACAAACAACAACAACAACAACACAUCAGACGACUUCCUGCCGGUUUUAAAAAGUCCUCUGGGCCUUGUGGGGGAGGAGGCAGCCAACACAACAACACAACGACCAUCACUUUCCAACAUGUCCAUCAAACACCCACUUAUUGAGUUCCAAAACUCGGUCCACAUGCUGAUGAAGAGGACCUCUCAGGAAAUGGGUCAGAGCGUCUUUCAUUCAGACGUGAUGGCGUGGACAUCUGACAGCCCUGCAAACAGCACCCCAACAGUGUCCUCCUCAGGAACGCCCACCGAGGACCCGCCCCCUCCUGUCCAGUUGGUUGAUCUAGCAGGCGAGGCGUCUCUGGAUGAGACCAGGGAGCCGCUGUCACCUCUGGACAGUCAGAGUAAGAAGAUAAAGUCUCGUAGCACGUCCACCAUGCCAGUUCGCCGCAGAGUCUCUGUGACCUUGUCCUCAGAGAGGACGUCCCGCAUGCUGCAGGAGAAACAGAUGCUGAUGGAAGAGGUCAAAGCUCAGAAGGAGCUGGUGUGGAUCCUUCACAAAGCUCUGGAGGCAGCCCAGCUGGAGAAAAGAACCUGUGCAGAGUUUCUGGCAGCAGAGGAUGAGCAGGAGCGCCUGGAGGUGCUGCGGCACCGUGAGCGCCAGGCGGCUGACCUGCGAGGCCGGCUGGAGGAGGCCAAGAUGGAGGCGGAGACGCUGAGGAAGAGUCUGUCGGAGAGGGACGCCCAGCUGCUGGAGCUCCAGGAGAACAUCAAGUCGCUGACGGAGAAGAACAAGGCCAAGCAGCAGGUGAUCAUGAAGCUGUCGGAUCAGGUGACUUCCUGUCUGUCCGACUCCUGGCACUCUGACCCAUCCUCCGGUCGUGUUCAGGACUCUCAGGCCUUUAAGCAGCUCCAGCAGCUUGUGGAGAACCUGAAGGACGACAUCGAGGCCUAUAAGACCCAGAACAAGUUUCUGAACUCGGAGAUCUAUCAGCUGACCCAUCUGUGGAGGAAGAGCUCAGAGCAGGAGAAGAGUCUGAUGAUGAAGUGUGCCUUCCUGGAGGCCACCAACUGUCAGGUGGAGAGUCGUUACCUGGGUGUUCUGCGGAAGCUGCAGGAGACCAAAUCUCUGGAUGCAGAGCAACAGAAGGCCGUGCAGAAGAUGAUUGAGGACGCUUUGAGAGGAGAGCUGAAGAGCAACUUCAAGCUCAGCUCGGACAGGGUUUAUGACGAGUACGGGUUCAAGGUCGUCCCAGACUACGAAGUGGAGGACAUGAAGCUGCUGGCAAAGAUCCAGGCUCUCGAGAUCCGCUGCUUCAACCUGCUGCAGCAGGAGGGAGUGGAGCGCCCCUUGCUGACCCGUUGGGCUGAGUACCUGGCCGGCAGGUCGGAUGAUAACCUGUGUCCCUCACCUGAACUCAAAGCUCUGCUGCGUGCCGGCGUACCACAGGAGUAUCGUCCGAAGGUGUGGCGCUGGCUGGUCCGAACCAGAACCAGGACGAUCUGGCAGCGCCACCCGCAGCGUUAUGAGCAGCUGUGUGAGAAGAGCCGGACGUCCCCCCACCCAGCGUCCAGACAGAUCCAGCUGGACCUCCAUCGUACCCUGACCACCAAUCAGAACUUCUCAUCACCAUCCAGCCCCGCCCUCCAGCAGCUUCAGCGCAUCCUGUUGGCGUUCUCCUGGCAGAACCCUGCUAUUGGCUACUGCCAGGGUCUCAACAGGUUGGCAGCCAUCGCGCUGCUCGUCCUGCAGGAUGAAGAAGAUGCAUUUUGGUGUCUGGUGGCCGUGGUGGAAGCCAUCAUGCCUCAAGACUACUACACCAAGACCCUGGUGGCUUCUCAGGCAGACCAGUGGGUCCUGAAGGACUUCCUGUUAGAGAAACUUCCUCGCCUCGCGGCUCACUUCGAGUCUCACAGCAUCGACGUGUCGCUCAUCACCUUCAACUGGUUCAUGGUGGUUUUUGUGGAGAGUCUGCCCAGUGACAUCCUGUUGCCUCUGUGGGACGCCUUCCUGUACGAGGGCACUAAGGUGAUCUUCAGGUACACUUUGGCUCUGUUUAAAUAUAAAGAAGAUGAUCUUCUGAAAAUCAACGACAAUGUGGAGAUCUACCAGUACCUCCGCUUCUUCACCAAGACCAUCUCUGACAGCAGGAAGUUAAUCGGCAUCGCCUUCAACGACAUGAACCCGUUUCCUCGCCGCCUGCUGAGGAAUCGCCGCGCACUGCACCUGGAGCGCUUGCAGAGGGAGCUCCGUGAGCUGGAGGAGCAGCAGAAGGAGUUUGUCACGGAGAGCGCCGAGCGUAAAGACAAGGAGCUGGACAUGGCGGCAAGCGAAGACGAUGAUGAACUUUAACCCCGCAGAAUGUUUCUGCUUUCCUGUCUGUGGACAGUUCUGAUGGUCAGAUCCGACUCUGAGUGAGUCGACAGAAAAGUCAAAAUAAGCCGUUUGUCACCUGCAAUCAGGUGGCUACAUGCUAAUGAGCUCGUUAGCGAGGUAACGAGUCCUGUCUCAGAUUAUCCGUUGUUUUUUCAUUAAGACACACAAGAUUAGGAAAACUUUUUAUUUAAAAAAGAGAAAAACGCACAAAAAACUGCAAAAUUCAAAAAACUUUAACACACACACAAAAAAUACAUCUGUUGAUCCUUGAUGACAGAAUGCAAAAUGAAAAAGCUUCACAUGACAAACAGAAUGAGUUUAAAAAAAAAUAAUAAAAAAAAUGUUUGCCCUGUAA